AUGGCUGCACAAUCCAAAAUACAUUUCCUGCCACCCGAUCGAACGAUUAAGAGUAUAAUAUCGGAUCUCACAUCAUUAUACCUCAAACAUCGAACGAAGAUCUCUCGAACGGUUUAUCUGACAUUAUUCUUCGCUCUCCUCAAUCGAAUACGUUCUGCCAUUUCCGAACAAAAGGCUGCAGCAAUUCGUCAUGCGGAAUCGCGACGAAGAGGUCUGGUUACUUUAGGUAGCGGCGUGCAGGGAACGGAAAAGAAAAAAGUUGAGCUGAAUAGAGAGUUCUUCAAGAAUCUGAUUCGGCUAUUGAGAAUAUGCAUACCGGGAUGGAGGAGUAAGGAAAUGCGACUGCUCGUCAGUCACAGUAUUUUCCUUGUGAUCAGAACUCUCAUCAGUCUAAAAGUCGCUGCGAUGGAUGGUGCUUUGGUUUCGAGUUUAGUACGGGGCAAAGGGAAGAAUUUUCUGAUUGGCAUUAUAUGGUGGAUGUUGAUUGCGAUUCCUGCAACAUUUACGAAUUCUAUGCUCUCUUAUCAUCAAUGCAAACUAGCGCUUCAAUACCGAACUCGAUUGACGAAUUAUGUUCACGAUAGAUACCUCUCGAAUAUGACUUUUUACUCCCUUUCCGCUCUAGAUGACCGAAUAAAAAACGCAGAUCAACUGAUAACUGUGGAUGUAUCAAAAUUUGCGAAUAGUCUGGCUGAAUUAUACGGGAAUCUCGCGAAACCAGCAUUAGAUAUGGCAAUAUACAAUUAUUCUCUCUCCAAAAGUGUUGGCGGCGAAGGACUUCUUUUUAUGUCACUACUGGUACAACUUUCAGCCAAUGUUAUGCGAGCAUUGACUCCUCCUUUUGGCAAAUAUGUGGCAGACGAAGCAAGGUUGGAGGGAGAAUUCCGCUUUCAACAUUCGAGAUUGAUAGAUUACAGUGAAGAGGUUGCAUUGUAUAAUGGACAUGAAGCGGAAAAAGAUACUUUGGAUAAAGGCUAUUUUACACUCAUAAAACAUGUAAAUUAUAUUUUAAGGCGGAGGUUCACGCAUGGAGUUAUGGAGGAUUUCGUUAUAAAAUACGUAUGGGGAGCUUUAGGACUUAUCCUCUGUAGUGUUCCAGUGUUCUUCAAAAUACCAGGUGCAACUGCAGCGACUAUGGGGGAUCGGACAGAAAGUUUCGUAACCAAUCGAAGACUACUGCUAUCUAGUUCCGAUGCCUUCGGUCGAGUAAUGUUCUCCUACAAAGAGGUUACCGAGUUAGCUGGAUAUACCUCACGAGUUGCAACUCUGUUGGAGGUCAUGGAUGAUAUCAAAGCUGGACGUUUCGAUAAAACUUUGGUAUCCGAUGACGAUUCUGGCGAACAACUUGAAUUGAUGAGAGGUAGAGGUACUGUCAUUGAGAGUGAAGACAUUGAAUUCGUUGAUGUGCCAAUUAUUACCCCUGGCGGAAGUAUUCUCGUCCGAAAAUUGUCCUUCUCCAUGAAGCGUGGGGAUCACGUUCUAGUAGUCGGUCCAAAUGGAUGUGGUAAAUCCUCCCUAUUCCGAAUUCUAGGUGGCUUAUGGCCCGUAUAUGGCGGUACCGUCCGCAAACCACCCCUUUCCCAGGUCUUUUACGUUCCCCAACGACCAUAUCUGAGCGCUGGAUCCCUUCGUCAACAAAUCAUCUACCCCGACUCUCUCCGCACUAUGCGCAGCAAAGGCAUAACCGAUUCCGACCUCCUUUCAAUCCUUUCCAUCCUCGAUCUCGACCACCUCGUAACAGCUUUUCCAAAUAGUUGGGACGCCGAAGCCGAAUGGCGUGAUGUUCUAUCCGGUGGUCUUCAACAACGUGUGGCUAUGGCCCGCCUCUUCUACAAUCGGCCCAAAUAUGCCAUACUAGAUGAAUGCACCAGUAGCGUCACCCUCGAGAUGGAAAAAAUCAUGUACGAACAUGCGAAGGCAUUAGAUAUUACAUUGAUGACGGUAAGUCAUCGCAGAAGUUUGUGGAAAUAUCAUAAUGCGGAGAAGAGAUUGAAGUUGGAGGAUGAAAAGGAGGAGUUGGAGGCACAUUUGAGGGCAAUGCCGGAGGUUAAGAGGAGAUUUGAUGAAUUGAUGUUGGGGAGGGGGGAGUGA